UUAUCGAUACAGAUCAAAAAACUUUUUCAAUUAUCUGUAAUUUUUAUAAGGAAAACUAUAUAGUAAAUGAAUAUAUCGCUGAAUUCGUAAAUACUACUACAAAUCUCACUUUUAUAAAAUAUGGAUUAGAAAAACGUUUUAUCGUGGCUUACAUGGGCAUCUUGUUAGUUGGUAUAGGUUCUUGGUGUUUUCACAUGACUUUGCUAUAUGAAUUUCAAUUGUUAGAUGAACUUCCAA